UCAAGUUGCUACCCACAAAGAUAUGAGGACGGGUACGGAUAAUUUUUUAAAACACCGUGGGAAUGGGUACAAUAAUACCCUAUCCAGACCCAAUCCAUUGCCAUCCCUACACGGUCACGCGCCUAAACCAUUUGUUAGACUAACAGUAAUGGCGCGAAAAGAAGAGUGGGAAGAUUGGAAUGAAUAAUUUGAUUAGGGCACACUGAGCGAAGAAGAAGAUGGCUUCUGCAUUUGGAUGGUACGGUCCUCUCAUAGAUCUCCGCAAAGCUUCCAAUCACAUCAGCGAUUUCGUUCAGCUUCUCGUCUUCGUUCAUCGCUGCUUCCCCGUUCAGUGCAAAUCAUCGAAACGCGGAGCGGAGUUCACCCGAACCGACAUCCAAGUCGGCGAUGAAACCACGCCGUAUUUUGGAGUCUCCAUUUGGCAGCGGGACAUGGGGUCCGCCGUGGCCGCCGGCGAUGUUGUGCUGUUACAGAAUUUCAAGAUUGCUAAAUAUGGUGAUGUUGUUGAGGCUAGAACUGUUCAGUGGUCUUCGCUUCUUUGCUUGGUUCGCUCUUACCAGUUACUUGCCUCAGAGGAUGUUGAAGAGUUGACAACGGGUUGCCAUAUUGGGACAACAACAAAGGACAAGCUUAGGAGGGUCGUAAAGUGGGUGCGACAGUCUCGGUCCUCCAUCUGCAACAUCAAGUUGCAUUCUGAUCAACAAAGAGAGUAUCUGCCUAAAAACUGGGCAGUGCUUGAAGAGAGAAAGCCUAAGGACUGCUGUUCACUCAUGGAGGUCUCUCAGCUAACAACAUUGUGCAAGACUAUAGUCUGUGCAUCUAUUGGUGAAAUUGUUCCCCUAUUUAACGCCAUGACUCUCGGUGAUACUGUGAAAGAGAAGAUUUUCCUUAGCAGGAUAGUUAACAAAUCUGAGGGUAAUAACUUGGUGGAAGAUCUUUUAUGCUCCGGCUGCCAGCUAUGUGGCUCACCCUUAGAUUCAAAAUUCGAGCAAAAUGCUAUUCCACUGAUUUGUUCGAAAAGCUCAAGCCGCCAUCAUGCAAUAUGUUCUAUAUAUAGGCCUUUCAUGUUAUAUGUGUGGGACGAAUCAGAUUACAUGCCAGUUCUUGUUAAGAACAGCGCUGCAGAGAUCUUGUUUGGGAACAUCAAGGCUGAAAAAGUCUAUUCUAGUCACAGAGAACAAUUGCUUAACCAAAAUCCUGGUCCAAGAAAUAAAUGCAGGGAUAACGAUGCAGAUGCAAGACUUGCUAAUGAACCGAGACUUUCUGGGGCCAGUGCGUUAAACGUGGGUAAGAGCUUGCAAUCGGAGGAAAAGCAUGAUCCUGUUAAAAAGUUCAACUUUUAUCAUGUAUGGUUAAUUUUUCUGAAAAUGUUGCUGAAGCAAGGAAGGAACAGUCCUCUGAAAUUUGAGAUCAAUGUUGAUCCUACCUUAAAUAUUGAAAAUGGAAAAUUUGAAAUGAUUUCUGCAACGAUGCCCUGCUUUGGAACUAAGUGA